AUGGCUGGUAUGACGUCUUCACAUACGAAUCCAUUAUGCCCGUUGUGUCGUAGUGAAAAUAUAAAAAUUUAUGCCGUUGGUGAUUGCACACAUCCGGUGUGUUAUCUUUGUUCAACAAAAAUGAGAGUAUUGUGUAAACAACAUUAUUGUGCUAUUUGCAGAAAAGAUUUACAAAAGGUCUAUUUCGUCUCUGAUUUAUCUGCACUUCCAGUAGAUACUAGCAAAUUUGUUUCUCUACAAACAAAUUUUUAUCAUGAUGGCAAAACAAACAAUAGUACAGAGAAUGGCGGCGAUGUUAUUGACGAUGGAGAUGGUGGCAUAUAUUAUCCAUUGAAAUUUGAAUGGAUUAAACGAUCAACCGAAAAAUUGUUGAGAAAUUUCUGUCCUUUUUGUUCUCUGGAAUGUGAAACAUUUCUCCAAUUAACCAUUCAUGUGCGGAAGGAACAUGGACAAUUUUAUUGUGAAUUAUGUGCAGAAAAUUUAAAUCUAUUCGCAAAUGAACGUAAAACUUAUUCAAGGCGUGAUCUUCUACAACAUAUGCGUUAUGGUGAUAAAGACGGUGAUACCGUGUUCAAAGGACAUCCAAUGUGUCAGUUUUGUGAUCAAUCUUUUAUGGAUACAGAUCAAUUGUAUAAACAUUUGAGAAAAGAACAUUUCUAUUGUCAUAUGUGCGACAACGAUAAUGUUUAUUACAGUGAUUAUGAACUACUUCGUGAUCAUUUUCGUUCGUCUCAUUAUCUGUGUGAAAUAGGUGAAUGUAAAGAUGUUCAAUUUACAAACGCGUUUCGUAAUGAAAUUGAUUUUCGUGCCCAUCAAGCAAAUGUUCACAGUAGAAAUCGUGCCGAAGCUCGACAAUUUGGUACGAUUCCCAUGGAAUUUCAAUUAACUUCAAGAGAUCAUUAUCAUUCUCAUCACUCUAACAAUCGACGACGAAAUCCAGUUAACAGAGGAACAUUCAGUGAAGGACAAUUUAAAACCCAAAAUAACAGUAACCGUACUAACAAUAGCGACGAUUUCGUACCAGAUACUCAACCAUUACCGCAUCCACCCACUGUACCUACAAUUGAUGAAUUUCCACGCUUAGGAGCUGUAACGAGUGCAUCAUCUGCUACCACGAAUUUAACAGCUUCAAUCGCUUCAUCUCGACCUACGAUCGAUGAAAAACCUCAAAAGAUUCAAUCGCAAUAUUUACGUGGUGCUUGGAUAAAUGAUGCAUUGAAUCGCAGCCAUUCUUCUGACGAUUUUCCAGCGCUAGUAGCUGCUACUUCAUCAGUUGAUUCUACAGAACAACCAAAAGGAGCUUGGCGUCAACAACAACAACAGCAAAAUCGUCCCUUAAAUCAGCUUAGGAAUGAGAAACAAAGUCGAUCUGUUCACGCUGAAUUAUCAACAGCCACCCAUGAUACUUUCGCAACAACAGCAAAGAAAGCCGCAGUAAUACCAUCGACGAAAGAGGAUUUUCCAGCAUUAGCAGGAGCAGCGAAUACUCGAGCACAUCCAGGUGGAAGACAAGCCAGAAUUCCUCCACCUGUCAUACGAUCAGCGUGGAUUCAUCAAGAAAAAUGUAAGUUGCAUUUCUACUUAUGAUAUUUCAAGUUUUUUUUCUUGAUGCACAGGUUUAUUUACGCCGCUCGGAAGCGCUAGUAAAUUCAAUAGAAGUACAGAAACAAAAAAGAAAAACAAAGAAACUAUACUUCACAGAUAAAAUUCGUGCGAUAAAAAGAAAAUUUCUGUCAGAUAAAUAUGCACUUGAUUUUCUUGUUUAUUCUUUUGAUAAUUAUAUCACUCGAUAAACAGUACAUGAAAAAGAUGUAUGAAAAAAACAACAACUAAUAAGCGGUGGGAGAGAGAAAAUAGCAGAAUAACCUGAACUAUUGUGCAGAAUAAUUAACAAUAAAUUCUAGCCAUUUAAGGAAUAACGAUUCAUGACAUUCUAAUUGAUUUUUUACGCGUUUUAAGCGAGAGAAAUGAUCCACUUGCACCCUUCUAUUGACUUUGUAAUCAUUCCAAUAGAAAAUAUCAGUAAAGAAUAUCGAUCUACUUUAGUCUGACGUAUAGAGAGUUUCUAGACGACGGGUGAUAUAUUUUACAACAUGAAAGCUUAAUUCGUUUUCUUUAACCACAUUUAACAAUUCAUGUGCAGGGAUAGUGAUAAAUAAUGAGUAUUGCCGCACGAUAUUUCUUGUGAAAAAGUUUCUGAUAAGACAUUGGCAGGACGGGAAAAAAUGGUAAAACCCACGAAAAGUGUGGAAAGGAAUGCGCGAAGAAACACUGUAUUAAGACAAAGUGUUAAACACUUUGCUUGAAAUACUCGUACUUCUUUUUAACCACUGCAGUUUUAUAUAUGACUGUUGGGUAUUCUCUAAACAUUUAUCAACUGUUACUU